UGAACUGCCUGUUGACGAAGAAGGUUAUUUGGAAAGGCAAAGAGAUUGUGGCAGGUGAAAGUACUUGGGCUUUGGUUUACUUCCCUCCUCCCCCCAAACCAGUGUCUUCCUUUCCCGUCAGCAAUACAUACAGCUUUCACAUGUAAAUGCAUAUCUGUCAUGGAUAUCUAGGCCUGCUUAGAUGUUGCUAGUCUUAAUUGUGUAGUCAGUUAAGCUUGCCUUUUUAUGUGAUUUUCCUUGCAGGAAAAAAGGCUAGCUUCUGGUCUGACAGAAGUGUAAAAGCAUAUGGCUAGAGUCUCAUUCAGUUGAUGUUUUUUGGAAUCUUUUUGUGCCUGGAUGCUUUUCUGUAUGUAUUCACCCUGCUUCCUUUGAGAGUUUUUCUGGCAAUGUUCCGGUUCAUCACUUUGCCUUGCUAUGGCUUACGACACAACAGUUUGAUAACAGCACCGCUUAGGCAUAUUCAGACGGAAGGGAAGAGCACUUUCACUUCCUUUAUAGGAUGGAAUGUGGUGUCACAGGGAUUCCUCCUUGCUCUCAUCGAGGCCUAACAGCAAGUGAUAGACGUUUGCUACAACCUGCUCAGGUAUGUGACAUUCUCAAAGGAGUUAUAUUGGUCAUCUGCUACUUCAUGAUGCACUAUGUUGACUACUCUAUGAUGUAUCAUCUGAUAAGGGGACAGUCUGUCAUAAAGCUCUACAUCAUCUAUAACAUGCUUGAGGUGGCUGAUCGUCUGUUUUCUUCAUUUGGGCAAGAUAUUUUGGAUGCUCUUUAUUGGACAGCUACAGAACCUAAGGAAAGAAAAAGAGCUCACAUAGGUGUGAUUCCUCACUUCUUCAUGGCAGUGCUGUAUGUCUUCCUGCAUGCUAUUCUUAUAAUGGUUCAAGCAACAACACUUAAUGUGGCCUUCAACUCCCACAAUAAAUCACUGCUUACCAUCAUGAUGUCCAAUAAUUUCGUUGAAAUAAAAGGAAGUGUUUUCAAGAAGUUUGAGAAGAACAAUCUUUUUCAAAUGUCAAAUAGCGAUAUAAAGGAGAGGUUCACCAAUUAUGUGCUGCUACUAAUUGUAUGUCUAAGAAAUAUGGAACAGUUCUCAUGGAAUCCAGAUCAUCUUUGGGUGUUAUUCCCAGAUGUUUGCAUGGUGGUUGCUUCAGAAAUUGCGGUGGAUAUUGUGAAACAUGCCUUUAUAACAAAAUUCAAUGACAUCACAGCAGAUGUCUACAGUGAAUACAGAGCCAGUCUUGCAUUUGACCUUGUUAGCAGUCGACAGAAAAAUGCAUAUACAGAUUAUAGUGAUUCAGUUUCCAGAAGAAUGGGUUUCAUUCCUCUUCCACUGGCUGUUUUACUCAUCAGGGUCGUAACAAGCUCAAUAAAAGUACAAGGAGUCUUAGCUUAUGUUUGUGUUGUGCUGUUCUACUGUGGGUUAAUAUCUCUGAAAGUCCUUAACAGUAUUGUAUUGCUGGGGAAAUCAUGUCAAUAUGUAAAGGAGGCAAAAAUGGAGGAGAAAUUAUUCAAUCCUGUCCUGACUGCCACCCCAGGGAAGCCAGCUGGCAAACAGCAAAGCAUGUUUAAAUCUACCCAAGGAAUUUCCACAGAUGAAAAUGGAUCUACAUCAGUUACCAAUCAGCCUGUGCAUCAGAAGGAGAAUAUGCCAUCUUUACUUGUAACAAGCAGUUCUGAUCAAUUUCUGACAACUCCUGAUGGAGAAGAAAAAGAUAUAAGCCAAGACAGUUCAGAAUUAAAGCACAGGUCUUCAAAGAAGGACUUGUUGGAGAUAGACAGGUUUACUAUUUGUGGAAACAGAAUUGACUAAGUUUUGGGGGGGGUUUUUUUUGGUUUUGUUUUUUUUUUUUUUUAAAUCAAUGUGCUAAGGAUACUGAGCUGUUGGGACAGCAGAUGCUACCAGAAUGGACAGUUGCCCCAAAAGGCACAUAAAUAUUUAUUUAAAAACUUAAAUUAUUAAUGGCAAAAAAUAUUAAUUUCUUUCUACAAGUAACUUGGCUUGGUAUCUGGUCAGGUCAAGUAAGUGAUCUUUAACUUGCCUCUUGGAAAAUGUGGUGGAUCCUGAGUCUCUAGCCUGGUGGCAGAGCUGCAGUAUCACUUUUCUGGAAAAUAGACUGGAAAAAAAGCAUAAUCCUGUUCUGCAUUAUGAAACCAUGCUUCCAGAACAUACUACUUUUCAUGAAGGGUUCCUCCAGUGUAAGGAUAUUCCUGGAAAUGUAUGACAACUUGAUCAGAAGCUUGCCUUUCCAGUUAACCUUGUUUUAUUAAACAUCUGCAAGCAGAAUUCAAAGCUUGUGCUUAUAUCAACAAACGCGUAAAGCAUUGGUACAUAAAACAGUAAGUCAAGAUAGUUAUUCUUGUCAACAAAAACCUUUUCAAGAUGUAUCUUGAAAAUCUUGUAAUCAGAAUAAAAUUUUGCCUUUAAAUGAAAGACUUACUGCAUACUAUUUUAUCUAAAUACUAAACACCAAGGAAAGAUCACCGUAAUGAAGGUUCUGCUUAACUGGGCAAAUAUGAAGCAUAUUCAUUUCUUGUGUUGUGUGUCCUGCAAGGCAAAUUAUUUAUAAAAUUAUUUUUAAAAGCUGAGGAUUUUUUGUUGCUGUAGGAAAAAAUAAUAAAGGGGCAUUUAUAUUUGUUGAGGAAAGGCAGUGUUAGUUGCAGCAAGCAAGUGUUAUGCUGGAACUUUAUGUAUGGCAUUAACACGGCAGAAAAGAAUAUUACACUGUGGUUUGGGUUUAACUGAUAAUAGUGACAUCUGUGUAUUAACUUGCCUGAGAACAUGCCUAUAAAAGCUCAUACUGACAAUCAAAUCAAUUAUCCAUUUUAAUUGAUUCGGUUUAGACAAACUUAAGUAGAUGGACUGGAUCUUUAAAGACUGUUUAAGCAUUACAAUGCAUCCUAAUUUCUGGUGUGAGAUGCAGUUGUGGGAGAAUUGAUGAAAGAUGGUUUGGAAUCCUCAGAUGAAGAAUGGAAUAAAUUUGAGCUCAAAACUUAGGCUGGAGACUUGUAUCAGAAGAGACCCUUUAGUUAAUGAUAAAUUCUUCAUAUAUUGUUAAAACACAGCAUUAACUUCAAAUGCCUUUCAGAUAUUUAAGUAAGCACCAGUUUCACUUUCCAAGGGAAGGUAUCAUAAAAGUACUUCAGUGCUGAACAAAUGAAGACAAAAUUUGCUCUUUGCUAAUUUCGUAAUUUGUCAGAGUGGGAAAGCCAAAGUUUAUUUGCUUUAUGAACAUGCGAAAGUUCAAUGUAUAUGCUAAUCCCUGAAACUUGCAGGACUACAGUAAUAUAGCAAAUGGAGACAGUUGGACAGAGUUAUGUGUCUGAGCAGACUUGGUAAUGAGGUAGCUUUGCCAUACAGGUUAGCAUGGUCUGCUCUGGUCGGAACUUCUUGCUGCAGUCUUUCAGCCUCUCCUAUCCCAUCAAGAGUAGCUGGAGUAGUGGCCAAAAUCUGUGGUUACUGUUCAGGGAUGAGAGUAAAAAGAAGAGAGGACUCGUGCUGGGGAAAAAUAUGAAAUUCUUUAAUUUUUGAUGUAUUUUAUACUAAUUGGAGAUGUUCACAUUGAAAUUCAGAUUAUCUGUCAAUUUGGUGUAUCUUAUUUUUUAAUUAUUUAGCAGUUGCUAAAGAAAGCUUGGAAUUGCUUUCAUAUUUUUUUUUCUGUUGAAUGACAUUCUGUAUCAAUUUUAUAAGUGCAUCUUGUGUGAAACUCAAUAAAAUUCAAUUUUGUAAUAUUUGUUUAAAAAAGGAAAA